CUACCUGGGCCGCUUGAGUCCAGCCAUCAUGCCUCUCCGUGCCCUGUGCACUAUCUGCUCGGACUUCUUCGACCACUCCCGCGACGUGGCGGCCAUCCACUGUGGACACACCUUCCACCUUCAGUGCCUAAUUCAGUGGUUUGAGACAGCACCAAGUCGGACUUGCCCACAAUGCCGAAUCCAGGUUGGCAAAAGAACCAUUAUCAAUAAGCUCUUCUUUGACCUUGCCCAGGAGGAGGAGAGUGUCUUGGAUGCAGAAUUCUUAAAGAAUGAACUGGAUAAUAUCAGAGCCCAGCUUUCCCAGAAAGAAAGAGAGAAACGGGACAGCCAAGUUAUUAUCGACACUUUGCGAGACACUCUGGAAGAGCGCAACACCACUGUGGAAUCUCUGCAAAAGGCCUUAGGCAAGGCUGAGAUGCUAUGCUCUACACUCAAAAAGCAGAUGAAAUUCUUGGAGCAGCAACAAGAUGAGACUAAACAAGCACAGGAGGAAGCCCGCCGACUCAGGAGCAAGAUGAAGACCAUGGAGCAGAUUGAGAUCCUACUCCAGAGUCAGCGGCCUGAGGUGGAGGAAAUGAUUCGAGACAUGGGUGUGGGACAAUCAGCGGUGGAGCAACUGGCUGUGUAUUGUGUGUCUCUCAAGAAAGAGUAUGAGAAUCUAAAAGAGGCCCGGAAGGCCUCGGGGGAGUUGGCUAACAAGCUGAGGAAGGACUUGGUCUCCUCCAAAAGCAAGUUGCAGACAGUCUACUCUGAAUUGGAUCAGGCCAAGUUGGAGCUGAGAGUGGCCCAAAAGGACUUACAGAAUGCUGAAAAGGAAAUCACGAGCCUGAAAAAGAAGCUAAUGAUGUUGCAGGAAACCUUGAACCUGCCACCAGUGGCCAGUGAGACUGUCAACCGCCUGGUUUUAGAGAGCCCAGCUCCUGUGGAGAUGCUGGACCUGAAGCUCCACCGGCCAUCAUUCAGUGAUGAUGUUGACCUCGAUGCUUCCUUCAAUGUGGAUACCCCCCAAACCCAGCCCUCCAACUCCCAGCAUGGCCACUCCAAAAGGCUGUGCCUUGAGAAGGCACACUCUCCUGUUCAGGACAUUCUCAAGAAGAUGCCCAGAGGUCCCAAGCAGAAGUCCCAGCUCUCUUUGGGUGCCCAGCACUGUGCAAGAGAGCCAGAUGAGGACCUGGCUGGUGCCUUCCCUGUCUUUAUCCGGAAUGCUGUUCUGGGACAGAAACAGCCAAAGAGGGCCAUAGCAGAGUCCUGUCGCAGCCCAGAUGUGGUAAGAAUAGGUUUUGAUGGCCUUGGAGGCCGGACAAAAUUCAUACAGCCUACUAACACAGCCAUGAUUCACCCAUUACCUGUUAAGCCCAAGACGAAGGCUAAGCAGAGAGUAAGGGUGAGGACUAUAAACCCUUCCUCCCAGGCCAUGUUGGAUACCGUCCUGUGGCAAUGA